AUGGCCUCCGUUUAUGUUGGAAAUCUCCCCUACCAAACAACUGAGCAGGCACUCGGAGACCACUUUAGCCAGGCCGGUCAAGUCACCAAUGUCAAGAUUGUGUACGAUCGUGAGACCGGACGCAACAAGGGCUUCGGAUUCUGCGAUUUCGCCGAUCAGGCCAGCGCCCAAAAUGCCGUCAACAUCCUCAAUGGCCAAGACUUCAACGGUCGCUCACUUCGCGUGAAUUUCGCCAACAAGAACUGA